AUGAAAAAUGGCGCCCACCUUCACUCACACUCUUCAAUAGCUGCCAUUCGUUUCAACUUUCAACCUCUCUUCUUUCCGUCUUCUCCCUCUGACUUGCAGAUUAGUUUCCAAGAGUUCAAAACCAAGCUGCUUGAAUCUUUUGAGGAAAAAUUGGAGGAAGCUCAAAUGGUGCUACGUGUUGAUCCUCAUGAUUUUGUCCCAAUUAUGUAUACUUCUGAAAAAAGUUGUUACGAAGAAUGGAUGAUAUUUGGACCAACACUUCUAAUUGUCGGAGUGGGUUUGUUAAUGUGUUGGAGAAUGCGAGAUGGCAUGGGUGUUGGAGGUACAGGGGGUAAAGAUGGCCGUGGAAUAUUCAACAUAAGAAAGGCGCCUAUCACAAAAGUUGAUAAGAAUGCAAAAAACAAGAUCUAUUUCAAAGAUGUUGCAGGAUGUGAUGAAGCAAAGCAGGAAAUAAUGGAGUUUGUACACUUUCUCAAGAACCCUAAGAAGUAUGAGGAGUUGGGGGCAAAGAUUCCAAAAGGUGCUUUAUUAGUAGGCCCUCCAGGCACAGGAAAAACUCUGUUAGCUAAAGCAACUGCAGGUGAAUCUGCUGUGCCUUUUCUAUCUAUUUCUGGCUCUGACUUUAUGGAAAUGUUUGUUGGUGUUGGCCUGGCAAGAGUUAGAAACCUGUUUCAAGAGGCUAGGCAAUGUGCACCUAGCAUCAUUUUUAUUGAUGAAAUUGAUACAAUUGGCCGAGCAAGGGGCCACAGUGGUUUCUCAGGUGGUAGUGCUGAGCGUGAAAGUACCCUGAACCAGUUGCUGAUUGAGAUGGAUGGAUUUGGAACUACAUCUGAUGUGGUUGUUCUGGCGGGGACAAACAGACCAGAUAUUUUAGACAAGGCCUUACUAAGGCCUGGACGAUUUGACAGACAGAUUACCAUAGAUAAUCCUGACAUCAAAGGUCGUGAAGAGAUUUUUAGAAUCUACCUGCAAAAGAUUAAGCUUGAUCAGGUACCAUCAUAUUACUCCCAGAGACUGGCAGCCCUUACUCCUGGAUUUGCUGGAGCAGAUAUUGCAAAUGUUUGUAAUGAAGGCGCUUUAAUUGCGGCAAGACAUGAAGAAACACAAGUGAAAAUGGAACAUUUUGAUGCAGCUAUAGAUCGGAUCAGUGGUGGUUUCGAGAAGAAGAACAAGGUAAUAAGCAAACUUAAACGGCGAACUGUUGCAUACCAUGAAUCUGGUCAUGCUGUUGCUGGGUGGCUUCUAGAACAUGCAGAACCCUUGUUGAAGGUCACCAUUGUUCCUUGUGGUACUGCAACACUUGGCUUUGCCCAGUAUGUGCCUAAUGAGAACCUCCUGAUGACCAAAGAGCAGCUUUUUGACAUGACAUGCAUGACACUUGGUGGCCGGGCUGCAGAACAGGUUUUAUUGGGAAAAAUUUCUACUGCAGCGCAAAAUGACUUGGAGAUAGUAACAAAAAUGACAUAUGAUCAAGUUGCUGUAUAUGGUUUCAGUGAGAAAGUUGGCCUGCUCUCUUUUCCUCAGAGAGAGGACGGAUUUGAAAUGAGCAGGCCUUACAGUAACAAAACAGCUGCAAUUAUUGAUAGUGAAGUUCGAGAAUGGGUUGGCAAAGCAUAUGAAAAGACAGUCCAAUUGAUCGAAGAACACAAAGAACAGGUAGCUCAAAUUGCCGAGCUCUUGUUAGAAAAGGAAGUUCUUCACCCAGAUGACUUAGUCCAGGUACUUGGUGAACGCCCUUUCAAGUCAAUUGAGGCGACCAAUUAUGACAGAUUUCAGCAGGGAUUUCAGCAGGAAGACGAGAAAGCUGAGCAAAUCCGUGAAACAUGA